ACUGUCAAGCUUCCUGGUGGUGUUCAAACGCUCCUACACAUCUCUUCGGCAGGCGCUGCAAACAUAAACUGACGAAGGACAUAAGACAGCUGCUCCUAUUAAUAACCUUAACCCAGUUAGCUCUCACAAGAUCCCUCUCCCCUCAGUGUGUUUGUUCCCUCAGAGCAGCAAGUCCAGUUUCAAACAAAAGCCACAGACUGACAGCAAAGAGGGGACAUCAACAAGCCAAGUGCUACAAAAAGACAAAGAAACACAAAAAGAGAAAUAUUUGAAAACCAAUCCUAUCACCAACUAAGAAGAGUAAACCUCAAAGAGGAAACCUGGGAACAUGAAGUCCCUGCGCUUCAUUGCUGCUGAGGGUUUUAUCCACACGGGUCCAAUGGCUCUGAGGAACCUAAACUGUGUGUCUUUUAACCUUUACCCGCUUCUUUUCAAGGCCUGCUACCUCCAUGAACAGACUGAUCUGUUGCAUACUUUGGUCCAGAUGUGGCCUCUGCGAGAUCUCGAUCUUAAAGAAAUCCUGGGGAAAACCAUCGACUGUCAAGUGGAUCUCACCACCCGAACAUGCCGGCUUUGUUUGGAAGCAAUUCUAACUGGAUUGAAGGACUAUGUGCUGUCUUCUCCAACGACCUACACCAAGAACCUCCGUGUGGUCGACCUGACAGCCCUUAAGGAUGUUGAACACCAAGUCUGCCCCUGCAAAUCCACCCUGGGUCGAUGGGCAAGAACCAAAUUCCUAACACGAAUGUGCUAUGAGACCAUGGUGGCAAUGCAAGCCAGUGAUGUGUCUCAGUUUGCCUUUGAAACAGCUAUCGAUGUCCGUCUGAACGGCUUCAUCACAGGCCGCAGUUACGAGUUGGUAGCUCAGGCCUUCUUGCUGCUCCGCUACUGUCCUCUGAAGCCCCGCUUUGUUAGUUUCAGAGCUGAUUCCCUCUCUCUUAAGCAGCUGUUCUACGUCCUUCGCCUGGCAGAGCCGGACUCCAUCACAAAGCUAGAGGUGGUCCACAAUGUUCCCCUUGAGGCCGUACACCUGGAGGUGCUACUGUCCCGGCUGGAGUUCCCUAAGUUAAAGUCUUUAACACUGCCAGCUGGAGCGUUGGAUUUUAGGAGGCUGGGAUCUGAUGAGGAUGACCUUCUGGCAACAAUUGGGAAUCUGUUAGCGCAGAUCAGCAGCCUCAAUGAACUCUGUGUAGGGUUCUCUACUCUCACAGGACAUCUCAGAAGACUCCUGAACCCCCUCAACACUCCACUUCAGAGUCUGGAACUGACCAACUGCACUCUGAACCGUGUGGACAUGACAUACCUGGCCAACAGCCUCCACAGUGAAGCCCUGGUUCACCUCGACAUCAGCGGCCAUAACAUUUUUGGCUCUUUUCCUGCACUGGUGACAAAACUGCUAAAUCGCUGUUCAGCAACACUAACACACCUGAUCCUUGAGGAAUGUGACAUUGAGGAUGAACACAUGAACACCUUGCUUAAUGCUCUGACUCCCUGCCAGAAACUUGAGGAGCUCAAACUUCUGGGGAACCCCCUCACCUCUGUGGCGUUGCAACAUUUAUUUACUGCACUGUCUGCAAGUUUCCCGAAACUGAGAUACAUAGAGGCGCCCGUUCCCCGUGAAUGCUACCCUGAGGAGCUCACCUAUCCUCUUGAUGAAUCUGUCUUGCUGUCCUACAACAGGGAUUUGUUUCAGGAGACCAUGAACCAGCUGUUGGGAGUUCUAAGAAGAGCUGGUAAAGAAAAUGUGGAGGUGUGCACCCCCAUCAUGGGGGCCUAUGAUCCAGAUAUUAAUGAAACUAACAACGAACUGGGGGUGUCCAUGCUGAAAUCUUUUAACAGUGUUAUUGGGGACUUCAUAGGUACAAUCAAUGAUGUGGACAACAGGAGAUCACAGACGUAAUUUGACUCUCUGUGAGAAGAUGGUCUUGACUUAUAAGUGCGCUUUAACUGUUUUCUGUUGUGUGGCUUUAGAUUUUUCAGCCGUUUCUAAACCGAAUCACAGCACACGAUUUUUCAUCUUUCUUUGAAAGCCAACACCAGAAUCCCAUAAGCUGAAGUCACAGCAAACCCACAACUCCCUAAUUUGUUGUGUGAUCAAAUAAAAUGAUUUAAAUCACUAACUUCAAAUAAUUACAUGUGCUGUACAAAUAUAAAGCAAUAGCAGCAAACAUUGAAUUUUAACCACUUUGCAUGAUUUUGUGUUGGUGCUGUGAUUAAAUGUAAAGAAUUAGAUCAGUAAAUGGUACAAAUUUGCAACAUCUGAAGGAAUGAUUUUAAUAUGCACACAAAUGUAUCAUUUUGUUAUGUCAAUGUA